GGGGGGCGGGGCGGGGGGUGAGGGGGAAGCGGUAAAUUAAAACCUCGUCCGUCUGUCCUCCAAAAACCCAAAAAUAAAUUUCAAUUUCAAAUCCAAAAAUCUCUCUUCCCUUCACUACUGACUGACUUAUGGCCUUUCACGUUGCUUGCCCGAUUACAUGCCGCCGAAUCUGCCAUUGCUCGCUAGGGUUUCCCCGCAGCCUCCAGACCGAUGCCUCCAAGGACGAUUUCCUCCACCAGGUCUCCACCCUCGAGCAGUUCCUGAGGGAUCCCUUUGGGAUUAGGGUUCGGGAGUCUACCGCCACCGUCCAAGUCGCUGUCCCUAAGGUCGUCCCUCCGCCUCCUCCCCCGCCCCAGCCUGCCGCUGUCGUCGAUGCCUUCGCUGGGGCCUCUGCUGCCGCCGCCGCCGCCGCCCCCCCUGAUGGAGGAGCCGACGAUGCUUUGGCCGCUGUCUCCGCUCAGGCUAAGCGCACCGCUCUCCAGAAGAAGGCUGCCGCCGCUAUGGUCGCUGCCGAGGACUUUGCCCGCCGUUUCGAGUCUGGUGAUUUGGUGGUGGAUGCCUCUGGAGAUCUUGUGGAGGAACAGAGCCAGGGUCCAUCUAAUUCAAAGGUAUUGUGUCGGAUGUGUCUGUUCGGGGAAACUGAGGGGAGUGAGAGAGCGAAGAAGAUGCUCUCAUGCAGAAGCUGUGGCAAGAAGUAUCACAGGAGCUGCUUGAAGAAUUGGUCUCAGAAUAGGGAUCUUUUCCACUGGAGCUCAUGGACAUGCCCCUCUUGCCGAAUUUGCGAGGAUAAUAUAGGUAAUCAUGACGGCUAUAGCAUUUACCGUAGACAUAUCAAGAUUUGCCGAAGAACUGGGGAUCCAAAGAAGUUUAUGUUCUGCAAAAGAUGUGAUGGUGCAUAUCACUGUUACUGCCAACAUCCUCCACACAAGAAUGUCAGUUCUGGACCUUAUCUGUGCCCAAAACAUACCAGAUGCCACAGUUGUGGAUCCAAUGUCCCUGGAAAUGGUCUGAGUGUAAGGUGGUUUCUUGGAUACACCUGCUGUGAUGCCUGUGGAAGAUUGUUUGUCAAGGGGAAUUACUGCCCUGUUUGUCUGAAGGUCUAUAGAGAUUCAGAGUCAACACCAAUGGUCUGUUGUGAUCUUUGCCAGCGCUGGGUUCACACCCAUUGUGAUGGCAUCAGUGAUGAAAAGUACCUCCAGUUUCAAGUUGAUGGAAAUCUUCAAUACAUUUGUGCAACAUGCCGUGGGGAGUGCUAUCAGGUUAGGGAUCUUGAGGAUGCUGUUCAAGAGCUGUGGAGGAGAAAAGAUAUUGCUGAUAGAGAUCUCAUUGCGAGCUUGAGAGCCGCUGCAGGUUUGCCCACUCAAGAGGAAAUAUUUUCCAUCUCACCUUAUUCAGAUGAUGAAGAAAAUGGUCCAGUGAUCUUGAAGAGUGAAUAUGGGCGGUCCUUGAAGUUCUCUUUGAAAGGUUUAGGUGACAAAUCACCUAACAAAAGCAAAGAUGGGAAGAAAUCAAGUAAGAAGAAAUUUAAGAAAAAAGCACAUGAAGCUUCUUCAGUUGGUGUGAUGGAACUGGAUCAAAGUUUUGAAGCGCGUCCUGAUAUGUUGUCAUCUGCUGGUAAUAUGAUUGAUGGCAAUAAGGGUAAUAUCCAGUCGCAUAAAAGCAGAGUAGAAGAGGAUGUUGCUUCACCCGUGUCAGGCAAUGCAGAGCAUGGAGAAGGGAUAUGCUCGAUUAAUCAGCCAGGGGUUGUGAAACACAAAUUUAUUGAUGAAGUUGCUGCCAGUACAGAAGAUAAGAAACCCAGGGUGCUUCACAUUAAGAAUAGUAAGCCUCAGAAUGUGGAUAGUGGAGUUGAUGCUGGGAAGCUCGGCAUUAAGUCAAAGCCUAUGAAUGAAAAGAAGCUGGUCAUACAUUUAGGUGCUCGAAAUCGAAAUGCUACUAAUUCUCCUCAUUCCGAUGCUUCUAGCUGCCAAAAGGAACAUGAUGUAUUGACUUCCAAUGGCAGCGAUGACAUAACUCAGCAGAGAAUUACUGAUAGAUCCAAUGCGGAUGGACAUGAUGGGGCCACAGAUGGUGUUGAUUUCUCCAGCCAGUCAAAGGGCAUAAAGACUGGGGGAAAAGAAGGAAAUCUGAUAAAGUUGGGGAAGGUUAGAUCAGAUGCAUCUGAUGUAAAGGCGAGGUCUAGUGGAGGCAGUGCUGAUGCAGAAGAAAGUAAUCCUUCCGAGCACCCGCGGGUUGUAUUUAAAAGAAGAAGUGUCCAAGGAAGCGUUGCUUCUUCACAUCCUGCUCCAGCACCUAUAAUUCAAACAUAUAGACGGGAAAAGUUAUCUUCAGCAAAGCAAGUGGAAGUCAAGCCCGAUGUGCAAAGUGAAAGCAACAGCAAUCAUAGUGCUGCACCAUCUUCACAGCCUCUGGUGAAAGAUUCCAAGCCACUUCUGAAGCUUAAAUUUAAGAAUAUUAAUCGUGACAGUCAACCUUCCCAGCUCCUUCAUCGUGACGAAGAGAAGAGUUCUAUUAAAGGUCAAAGGUCAAAAAGAAAGAGACCAUCACCCUUUAUGGGCAAGACUUCAACGGAUGGAGAUGAAGAUGCCAAUCGGUUGCAUCAAGACAAUCUGUUGGAUGAGAUCAUGGAUGCAAAUUGGAUAUUGAAGAAAUUGGGUAAAGAUGCAAUUGGGAAGAGAGUGGAAGUUCAUCAACCAUCUGAUAAUUCUUGGCACAAAGGGGUAGUCACCGACAUAGUUGAAGGCACAUCGACAUUGUCGGUUGACCUAGAUGAUGGAAAAGUGAAGACAGUGGAACUUGGGAAGCAAGGUGUUCGGUUUGUUUCUCAGAAGCAAAAGAGAUCAAAGACAUGAUGCUGCUAAUGUGAAGAAAGGUGGUUUCGAGCAGGUUGGUUUGUUCUUUUGGAAUUCUGGAAGGGGCUGCUGGAUAAUCAAAGGGGGCAUCGGAUGGAGUUGAAGAGAGUCCCAAUCAAGCAUUGUUUUGGUUUGCUGAUUCUGUGUUCUUCAUGGCCCUACAACAGGAGUAAAAAUGCCUGUAUGUGGACCAAUUGUUUGCUGAGGCUCCUUGGAUUUUACAGGGAAGCACCACUUGUUUGCAGAGGAAGGUCUCGUUUUGCCUCUUUCCUUCCUCCACCAUUUCGGUCGACGAGUAGCAAUGUAUCUUAAUUUAGAAGCAGCUUUUACUUUUUAGCUUGUCUAUGGUUUUCAGGUCGGCAAAUCAAUCUAGGCAAUAUCAUGUAACAGAGUUAGGGGACAGAAGGGCCUCGAGAGGAUUUCUGUACUUGGAGAUUUAUAUAAUGUUGAGUUGAUUGUAGUCACAGCAGAGUUUGUGUUGUACAUCUCCUCCAAGAGUGGCGUUGUUGCCUGUUAGACAGACUUGACUGACUCAGCUACAACACGACAUAAUUUGUUGAGGUUCUGAAUAAUAACUACUACUACUACUUACAAUUAUUCUCCU